AUGACUUUGACUAGAAGUAACCAAAAUUCUGAACAAGAUGAUGAUCAGUCCACUCAAACUAAUCCAACACCAACAAUACUUACAACGUCUAAAGGCAGCAACAUUGCAAAAUUAACCGGGGAAAAAAACUAUUAUUCCUGGUCAAUUCAAAUCGAAGCUUGGCUGAUGGAUUUAGGUUUAUGGGUUUACAUAAAUAAAACUAAUCUUACAAUAACAGAAUCAGAAUUAUCUAAGAAGUCAUAA